UGCAUUCUAUGUUUUGUUGUUAUUUUGGCGCAAACUGCAUAGUCCACUGUCCUAGUCGACCUACAUACUUUGAACAUUGGACCCACAACCCGUAGGCGCGCCUACUCUUACAAGGAAAUAACGUUGAAAGACUGAGAAUUGCAUUUGGAUUGGGGUUUUAAGGCGAGUUUUGUGAUCGGUAAACUUAAUAAGAACAUACGGAGCGAAACCGUCAUGUUCAUAGGGGUGCGAGUUGUACGAGGUCCUGACUGGAAAUGGGGCGACCAGGACGGGGGGAAGGGCUGCGUAGGCACCGUGGUGCCUGCACAAGCUAAGGACAGCGUGACGGGUGUCUGGGUGCGAUGGGACUCCGGGCAAGCUGCAAACUACCGCGCUGGUGGAGCAAGCGGCAAGUACGAUCUGCGGAUUUACGAUAACGCCCAACUAGGAGUGAAGCAUCCGAAUGUGGAGUGCGACUGUUGCCAAGAGCGCGGUGUCGUAGGAAUACGCUGGAAAUGUCUGGAGUGUCAUGACUUCGACUUGUGUCACAGCUGCUAUAACGAGGGAAAGCAUGACCUGGGUCAUCGCUUCACGAGGAUCGAAACCAAUUCAGUUCCAGGGUUUGAAGUGCCCUGUCGAUUUGGCGCCCUCAAAUGCCGCUCUUUGGGCAUUUUCCCAGGCGCCCGAGUGAUGCGAGGGCCCGAUUGGGAAUGGGAAGAUCAAGAUGGUGGGGACGGGAAAGUUGGUACCGUGAGUGAAGUGAGUGGCGCGAAGGGAUCUCAUCGUUCCUGGGUCUCCGUUCAGUGGCCCAACCGCUCUAUCAACCAAUACCGACGGGGUCACGAAGGCAAGCUGGAUCUGCGAUACACGGAGAAAGAAACUAUGGGAGAUUUCUACAUUGAGCACCUCCCGAGGCUCGAUGGGACUCGAGUCCGGCCUUACUUGGACUCCGGAGAUAAGGUCCGUCUGCUGGACAUGGACCCUUUGAAGCUCAAGGAACUACAGCUGGAGAGGUGCGGCUGGAACGAAGAAAUCAAAGACUGUAGGGGAAAAGUCGGUGAAGUCAUCAUGGUCGACAAAGAUGGCGAUGUCAAGGUCAACUUUGGCGGAUCGUCGUACUUCAUAAAUCCCCUGUGUCUCGUUAUGGAGAAGAAGAAGGAAGCUGAAGAAACAAGUGCCGGUGCUCUAGACACCAAUGUAGGUGAGUUACUGGCUGCUCUACUCCUGAAGUCAGAGUUAGAGAAACUCCGAGGGGGCCUGCUUGACGGAUCCGCUGAUACAUCGGGCGGUGCUGCUCUCUUCCAGGCGGCAGCUACCGGUAACACCAACAAAGUGCGGGAGAUCAUCAGUGAUCAUCCAGAGGCGGUCAAAUUUCAGACAGGGGGGACACAAAGACAGACAGCCCUUCAGGCCGCCUCCCAUCGCGGUCACAUGGAUGUAGUCACAGCUUUGGUGAAAGCCAAAGCACCAUUGGAAAAGCAAGAUGAGGACGGAGACACGGCACUUGCCUAUGCAGUGCUCGGUGAUAAGCCGGAGAUUGUCAAGUGUCUCUUGCAAGCAGGAAGCAACAUAAACGCAGCCGACAACAAUAGUUUGACCCCACUCCACCUUGCUGCUGUCAAGGGUCACCAGACAUGCGUGGAAGUGCUGCUUAAACACGACCAGCAAAAAUGCGACGUCAACUACAAAGACAAGGAUGGCGACAGUCCACUGUUCCUUGCCAUUCCCAAGAACAACAAGCAGAUCAUCCAUUGGCUGAUAAACCACCCACGAAUUAACCUCCGUCAGGUUAACAAGAAGGGAUUCAACAGUUUGCAUCAUGCCGUGUUUUGCCAAAUCACUUUUGCCGUGGAAGGGAUUCUGAAAGCCUCGCCAAACAUGAUCAACAUUGCUAAAAAUGACGGUUUUUCGGCACUACACCUCGCUGCACUCAACGGUUUAUCCGACAUCACUUUGAUCCUCGUCAAACAGGCUGGCUGUAAUAAAGAACUGAAGACUAACAAUGGACAGACAGCGCUGCACCUGGCCGUCGACAAGACCCACAACAAGUGUAUCGAGGCUCUGGUCAACAACGGUGCCAAUGUGAACGCCCAGGAUAGCGACGGAGAUACAAGCCUCCAUCUGGUCAUGAUGAAAGCCUCCAUGAAAGACAUCAUGCGAGUCACACCCCUGGGACAGUUGUUGCAGCUCGCCGAGCAGCUCGGUGACGGUGGCAGUUCGUCCGACCAAAAAUCCAACCUUGUUGCCAUAGCAGUCUACCUGAUCAAAAAUGGCGCGGACAUCUACAUCAAGAAUAAAAAAGGGAGCAAUGUUCUUGACGUCACUCUCAAUCCAGGGGUUGAGAAGUUACUAAAGGACCUCCACCAAAAGAAAAGGCUUGAACGAGCAGUGAAAAACACUCAAGACGUGAGUUGUAAAGUCAGCUAAGGGGCGUGGCGUGGAUACGGUGGCUGAACCAAGAUCCGGAGCAAACCAUGGAACUGUGUGAUUAUUGCAUUACUUGUAUUUCUAACGCUAUUCUAGAAAAAAUUCUAAUUACCCCAAAGAUGGUGAGAGGAAACCUGAGUUGAUCACUGUGUAGGACUUUUGCUGUAUAGUGAACGAUUUUAUUUCACCUUCCAUUCUUCACAAUCGUGUUUGUGUUCGCUAAGAGUAGUCCUUGAACAAUUGAAUUAAUUUUUCGAAGCAUUUACCCAGAACUCCUCAGUCUGUAAGCGCGCAGAAAAUGCCGACAUGAACACACGUAUUAUUGACUAAAUGCUGUUAAAUUAUAUGAGUGAAGUGGGAUCUUUUGUUAUUAUUUGAUGUAUAAUCAAGUAUAAAAUUUAAUCAUUUAUAAAGAUGGUAAUGAUUUUAACAGAAAUCUUGGGAAACAUCAGAUCGAUAUGUAGAAACCAAUGCUUGUAAAAAUACUUAUAGCAAAAUGCACUCUAUUUUCUGGCCUUAGAGAAAAAGUUUAGAGAACAGUUCGUACUUGUAUUGAAAGUGUUGACGAAAUAGUUUGCAUUACCCAUGCUAUUCUUUCACAAACGCUUAAGUGUAAUUUUUGUCUUCAACCCGUGACAACGCCCACACAAAGGAGCAAUUGUACAUAUGUAAUACAAUGUAAUGCAGUAUUCAAACACUUGUCGCAAAAAAUACAAUAUAAUCAGAGACAUUCAAUAAGAAAAUAACCAAUUUGUUUAACUAUUGUAAACUCACCCGUUCUCUAGAUGACGUAACUGUUGUAGUUUUAAAUGUCAAAGGUUUUUAUUACCCUCAAAUAUGUCAAAAUUCAAACAUAGGCAUACUGUUAAAAACAUUCCAUUGAAGCUUCGCUUAAAAAAAAUAAACACAACAAUGCAGAUCUUAUGCAGAUCUCACAAGUCGAUUAAAGAGAAUGUACAACAUUUGCUUUUGCUGCAAUUUUCAGAAAUAAAUGGAUUUGGAGGAUGAGUAUUUUAUAGC